AUGGAGGCUCUCGUUGCCGUAGGCCUUGCCUCGAAUGUGCUGCAGUUUGUCGAUUUCACAACUAAAUUAAUCGGCAUUUCAAACGAACUCCGAAAUCAUGCAGCCUCAUCUGAAAAUAGAGACCACCGAGUGAUUGCAACACACCUAGUAACCCUUUCCCAAAACAUAAGUGAUUCGGUUAAGGCGAUCUCUCAAAAUUCCGGCAAUGCCUCGUCGGAAGAGAAGGAUCUCCAACAAGUAGCCGAUAAGUGCUGCGAGCUUGCGAAUGAUCUCCUAAAACGACUUGAUGCGUGCGGUAUCAAACCUGGGACCCUCAAGACCAUUUGGAAUAAACGAGAGAUUGGUGAAAUUUCAAGCAGGCUGGAAAACUUCAGAAGUGAAUUGAUUCUGUACUAUGCGUUCCAAAAUGGAAAAACGCAAGCAGAUCAACAGCAAAGGCAGUCGAGUAAGGACGACAUCCAAGCGAUCUUGGACAGACUCGAUGACCUAGGUCCUGUGAUCGAGAGGGUAAAGCAUGGUAUCAUCGACAAAUCCAACGUUCAGCACUCUGAAUUACUAAAUUCCAUUGCUGAGGCGCGGUCCGAGAAUGCGCAAUUUCAUGCUCAGGCCUCAAAACAAGUCCUUGCGGAUCAGUCUGCGGUUCUUGGUAAACUGGAUGGACUCGAAGCUUCCAUGACAACUCUAAAUGUCGGCAUCCAGGAUAUGCAGCGUCAACACUCGAGUACGAUCGAACCCCUAGCGCAAGCCACGGUUGAGAACUCGACUUUCCUUGCCAGCAUAGUCCAACAUGUUUCUCUAUCCAGCGGCUCCGGUAGCUCACUUCGACAUGCGCUGCGGCCUCUUCUGGAAGAGUACAAGGAGACAUUUAUUGCGGAAGUGAAGAAGGAAUUCCGAGUGGCGGCUCGGUCCGAGAUGGAAAACAUGCUCCAGAAAGCGUUCCCGGCACUUGAUGAGAUGCAAUCUCGCGGCGAAGCAACUCAGCGAGAACAUACCGCGGUAGUGGAUGAAGUUAGUAGCGAAACAGGCCCGGGCGACUUCGAUUCGCAAAGCUCUUUUGAACCACAGGAUCCCGAGAUUAUCAGGAAACAAAACCCUGACCAAUCCGAUAAAAACAGGCUCACGAUAAUUUAUCGUAAAUCUUGGUUUCUUAAAACUAGCAUAGGAAUACUCUCGCUAAAUAUUCGAGAUCGAAUCUACUUCGAUGCCUUUGGGAGUCCAACGGAGGUGUACGAGCUUGCAGCGCAAUUUACCCCAUCUCCACGUUGGUUCUCCACCGGUCGUUUGCUUAUAUACGAGAAUAGAUCCGAUGCUAGAGGAAGCCCGGAAUUCGGUCUCAGACUACGGUCACAUCGUGUUCUCGAUAAGAACCAUGAAGUUUGGGGUGUCAUACGUAGUGGCCACAUCUCUCGCCUCUGCGAUAUGCUGUCGCAGAAAAUCAUUUCAACCUCAGAUACAAAUGCUUUCGGUAGGACACUGCUUUAUGAAUCACGACAAGACAACAUUGAUCAAUUUCUUCGGGACUGGAUACCAUUAUGUCGAUUGGUAGACUUCGAUUUUCACAUUCCUGAUGGAUUCACUUUUUUAGAGGUUGUUAUAAAGGACCAAACAAUAUACGAAACUUGGUUCUAUAAUGAACCCGCAAUAUCGUAUAUCCAGUUUGAUGCAAUAGCUCAGUUAAAGAUCGAGGGUUCUUCUUUGGCGGAUCCCUCGGGUAGACAUAUGGCGUUUGCUACUAUGAGCUUAUACUAUGAGCUUAGAUUAGCUAAUGACCGAUCAGGCAUAUCUAAAGAGGCCUCACCUACGCUAUCAACCUCUUACCGCGACUAUUACGUGAACACGCAAGUAGCUAACCGUUUAUUAUUUCUGGAAUACGUCAUAUCGAAACAAAUUAAUGAACGCCCUGACAGCAUUUUUUCUACCUAUUAUGGUGACUCGACAUCGUAUAAAUUCUAUCACUCUCGCUGGAGAAGCAUAUGGGAAGGGAUAUUAGAAGACCAUGGGUUCGACGUUGGCUGGGUAUAUAGGGAAGAUGAUAGACGGCGCCGUGUAGGCGUAGGGGAAACCACAGCUCACGAAGUCGAUGUCGUUGUCGAUACCUCUCAAGCCUUGGAAGUGAAACGGCGACGAGGCUACGAGAAUUCCGACGACUAA